AUGCCUCAGAACGAGUAUAUCGAGCGCUGGCAGAAGCAGCAUGGUAAGCGCCUGGACCAUGACGAGCGUGUGCGCAAGCGUCAGGCGCGUGAGGGACACAAGCAGUCGCACGAUGCCCAGAACCUGCGCGGCCUGAGGGCCAAGCUGUACCAGCAGAAGCGCCACAAGGAGAAGAUUCAGAUGAAGAAGCGCAUCAAGGCGCAAGAGGAGAAGAAUGUCAAGUCCGCCGCUCCCGACGAGCCGUCCAAGACUCCUUUGCCCCAGUACCUGCUCGACCGAUCGCAAGCCACCAAUGCCAAGGCCUUGUCGAGUGCUAUCAAGGAUAAGCGCAAGGAAAAGUCAGCCAAGUUUGCUGUGCCUUUGCCUAAGGUUAAGGGUAUCAGCGAGGAAGAGAUGUUCAAGGUUGUCAACACCGGAAAGAAGACCCACAAGAAGUCCUGGAAGCGUAUGAUCACCAAGCCUACUUUCGUUGGCAACGAUUUCACUCGUCGGCCUGUCAAGUACGAGCGGUUCAUUCGGCCUAUGGGUCUGCGUUACAAGAAGGCCAACGUUACUCACCCCGAACUCGGUGUUACCGUUCAGCUGCCCAUCCUCUCUGUCAAGAAGAACCCCAACAACCCUCUUUUCACCCAGCUGGGUGUGUUGACCAAGGGUACUAUCAUCGAGGUCAACGUCUCGGAGCUGGGUCUCGUUACUACCUCCGGCAAGGUUGUUUGGGGUAAAUGGGCACAGAUCACCAACGUGCCCGAGAACGACGGCUGUGUCAAUGCCGUUCUCCUCGUUUAA